ACCUGAUCUCUGAAGCACAGAGGGCAACCGGAUUGCCAAUACUGCUCCACCACCUUUCAAAAGAUCCAGACGUAGGCAGGGGCAAAGUCUCUGGCCCUGGCAGAUUUUUUAAUAUCGCCUCAAACACUUAGGACUCCAGCCUGAAGCAGACAUGGCCUAUUUCCCCUGCAUUUUGGGAAUCUGGAUUUUUCUACAUCACGGCUGUGUCACAGGUUAUCCCAAGCAAACUCCUUCUGGAUCAGAAGACACCAGGAUCUGCACAUCUGUUCCUCCGCACCUGCCUCCCACGGCGACCAACACCAGCGAGCGGCUGAGCUCCCUGCGGCUCCACAUGCGGACCCACAACCUCUCGGCCUACGUCAUCCCCAGCACCGAUGCACACAUGAGCGAGUACCUUGCGGAGCGGGACAAAAGGCUCUCCUGGAUGACGGGCUUCACGGGGUCAGCAGGGACCGGAGUGGUGACUCUGCAGAAGGCAGCCCUCUUCACCGACAGCCGCUAUUGGCUCCAAGCGGAGCGCCAGAUAGACUGCAACUGGGAGCUUCAGAAAUCAGUCUGGGUUGAUUUCAUUUCGGAGUGGAUCCUUCACGAGGUCCCUGCAGGGGAGAGAAUCGGACUGGACCCUUUCCUCUUCUCAGUCGUGGAGUGGCGGAGCUACAGCCAGGCCUUGGAAGAUGUGGAGAGGAUCCUUGUUCCCCUAGAGGACAACCUGGUGGACCGGGUGUGGGGCACCCAGCGGCCUCCGCCCCCUGCCAGCGAGAUCUACCACCUCUCAGACAACUUCACCGGGCGUCCCUGGCAGGAGAAGGUUUCUGCUCUGCGGAGCCAGAUGGAGCAUCACAGCCGCAGCCCCACGGCCCUCUUCCUGUCUGGUCUGGAGGAAACCGCCUGGCUCUUCAACCUUCGAGGAGAUGACAUCCCUUUCACACCAGUCUUCUACGCGUACGCACUCCUCACCAAGACAGAUAUCAGCCUGUUCGUGCACGAGGGCCGGCUGAGCCCGGAGGCCUCCCAGUCGCUGACGGCUCAGUGCCCAGGGCCCCUCUGCGUGCAGAUGCCGGCGUACGGGCAGGCGAGGGCCGGGCUGCGCGGCUACGCCCAGCAGGCUGGGGUCCGGGUCUGGAUCGGAGCCGAGCACACGACGCAGGGCUUCUACGGAGCCAUCCCCCCGGAAAAACUCCUGGAAGAGGACUACUCCCCUGCCAUGCUCACCAAAGCCGUCAAGAACUCCCGGGAGCAGGAGCUGCUCCGGGCUGCCCACGUGCGAGACGCUGUGGCCGUGAUCCGCUACUUAGUCUGGCUGGAAAAGAACGUCCCCUCCGGCUCCGUGGAUGAAGUCUCUGGGGCACAGUAUGUGGACCAGUUGCGAAGGCAAGAGUUGUACUGCCACGGGCCCAGCUUUGAGACCAUCUCUGCCAGCGGCCUGAAUGCAGCUCUGGCCCACUACAGCCCGUCCAAUGAGACCAGCCGCAGGCUGUCCGGGGCUGAGAUGUACCUGCUGGAUUCCGGAGGCCAGUACAAAGAUGGGACGACGGACAUCACGCGGACUCUCCACUGGGGGGAGCCCUCGCCUCUGCAGAAGGAAGCCUACACGCGGGUGCUGAUGGGCAACAUUGACCUGGCCAGACUGGUCUUUCCACCCCAAACUUCAGGUCGAACAGUGGAGGCCUUUGCCCGCCGAGCCUUAUGGGAAGUGGGACUCAACUACGGCCAUGGCACCGGGCACGGCAUCGGCAACUUCUUGUCUGUCCAUGAAUGGCCGGUGGGCUUCCAGUCCAACAACGUGCCCUUGGGGGACGGCAUGUUCACUUCCAUUGAGCCCGGUUAUUACAAGGACGGAGAAUUUGGGAUCCGCCUGGAGGACGUUGCGCUCGUGAUCUACGCAGAGACAAAGCACCCGGUGCCCGGAGAGCCCUACCUGACCUUCGAGGUGGUGUCGCUGGUGCCCUACGAGAGGAACCUCAUCGACGCCACGCUCCUGUCGCGGGAGCAGAUCGAAUACAUCGACAGGUACCACAUGGCCGUCCGCAAGCGCAUUGGACCCGAACUGCAGGAGCGUCAGCUGGACGAGGAAUACCAGUGGCUGCUCCAGAAGACGCAGCCCCUUUCCCACACCUCUCUGCUGGCCACCUCCCUCGGCACGCUGGCCAUGGGCACCCUGACCUCCACUCUUCUGCCUGGGGCCUAGGCGGAGGGGCGCCACCCCGCCCCAGAGCUCCCUGCCCUCUUGCCUGCCCCAGUGGCUGAUCCAGCUCCAGCCCCAGUCCGUGCCACACCCUCUCUGGCUUGGCUGGCCAUCUUGCCGGCCCGUGGCUGGGAGCCCCACUCAGACCUGGCCAUGGCCUCCUGCACCUCCCUGGCCCUCCGCCCUCCUGCCCCCUCGGUUUUUGCUAGCACUGGAAGGAGAAUCGGGGGCUGCCACAGCUGGGGCGGAUGCCCGCCCUGCUGCCAGAGCCCCCUGGGGCUACUGCCCUCUCCGUCCCAACGCCCUGCCUUGGGCCCAGCAGCACAGGCCUGAGCCUGCAGGGAAGGCGCUGCCACAGCUCAGUGGCUGAGCAGGUGCCACACAGGCAGGAGGCCCCCCUCCCGGGGAGGCGGGGAAGACCCUGCGGGAGCCCUGGAGAACCACACAAGACUGAGCGAGAGAGACUCACGGGCGGGCAGGCAGCGUCCUCUGGGGAGACCGGAGCUGUAUCUCUCCCCCUCCCACCCUUUUUCAUUAUGUAGUGCUUAAUUAGCUGCUGCAAUUACGAGAUCAUCAAGCUUGCAAGCUCAUGUGGAAAAAUCCUUAGUCCUGUUUUAGAGGCAUUGAUGUGUUCCCAGGACACCGUUUCUGCGUUCUUGGUUUUUGCAGUCUGGCUUUGCAUGAGGCUGGAUUUAAAAUGGCGCACACCCACACACCCCCACGAGGUUCCUUCUCUGUAUGCUGAGUUUGUGGCCCAUCUCCAUCCCCGCAUGCCUGAAUCCUCUCUGGCAACCUCCAGUUGUCUCCAGUUUCCCUUCCGUCUCUGUCCAGCCUUAGACUGUGCUGAGAUUCCCCUUCUGCCCCAGCCCCACCGCCCAGCACUUUGGGUUUUAUUUGUUAUUGUGUUGGGCCAUCAUGGAUCAGCAUCAAAGCAUCUGCUUGGCAUGCAAAAAGGCCCCGGUUUGAUCCCUGGCAGCAUCUCCAGGAAAGCCUCUGAGCCUGAAACCCUGGAGAGCAGCUGCCGGUCAGAGCAGACCAGGGUGGGAAGUGCUCUGGUCCCCAGCAGUGUUCCCUGUAAGGAGGAUUCCCUCCCAGAUGUUGCUGACUGCAACUCCCAUAAUCCCCAGCCAAAGGCCAUUGCGGCUUGGGAUUAUGGGCGUUGUAGUCAACAACAUCUGGGAGUCCCUCUUUCAGGGAACCAGAUGGCCAACCACACCUGGGGGCCCGAGGUUGAGCACCCGUAGCAUAGACAAUCCCGCGAGCUGGAGGGACCCAUGAGCUGCCUAAGUAGGAGGCCGCUGCUGCUGCUGCUGCUGCUUCCUGGGCGCCAAUGUUUGUUCACUCUGCGCUUACUAUCGUCAAGGUCAUAGUAAUCUGUAGGCAGAAUUACGUUGCGGUGGCCGCGGCAGAGGACAGGCGCACCCUCAGAACCCAACAGCAGCACCGUUUAUGCUCCAUGGUGCUGGUUAAGAGAAGCAUGCAGGAGUCGGAGUAGCCACACUGGGUAGGGCAGCCCCUGGAUUCUGCCGAAAAUAGCCCUGCCGUUGGCAUCUGGGUCAACACCAUAAGGGACUCCCUCCCUUCGAUGUGAAGCCACGUCCUGAAAUCUGCUGCACAUUCCCCCAGACAGAGAGUUUGCUGGUGUGUUCUCUGACCAUCAGGCACAAGAAUGAGUCAAGUCGCAACCCAGUGCAGGGCUGGGUGGUUUCACGGGGCUCGAGAAUGGGAGGUAUUGACUGUGUAAGCAGCUUUAAGCCUACUAAGCCCAUGAUGCAGCAUGACUGUAAGGAAAAUGCAAAACCCAUAUUGGAGCAAGAUGACUGCAAGCAAAAGCCAGGGCCUAAAACGGAAGCAACUUACAGAAGACACCAGCUCAAACAGGACAAGCUGGAAGGGAAGAUGGGUUUGCUUUGGAAAUUCAGCACUCUGGGCUGGGGAUGGGCUUCUGAGACGGGAUGCCUCGUGAGGCUGUCGUCAUGAUCCUUCUUCCAGAUGUGUUAAGGCUGACUUCUGCUUAGGCUUGUCCAAGACCUCCUGGCCACAGGAACCAACGGAGGAGGCAGGCUAGACCGGACUUAGAGCUCAUGCUUUGCACAGCCAUGCCUAGAAAACCCGGGCUAGUUGACCCCCCUUCAGUAGCUGAGCUGGUUUAUCUUCAUGGGUCCUGCUGAGCUGCAGAACUUUCUGGGCAAUGCACUGACUGCAGCUGAAGCAAAUCUGGGGUGCAACUAUCAAGCCAGUUCUCAUAACUUGCUUGCAAAAGCUAAGUAAUGUAUAGUGGCCUAGUUGGGUUUGUAGUUUUACCAUAUUGCUAAUUAUGGGCCCUGUUAACUUUGGAUUUUAAGAGAAAACCCACAAGGUGAAAAAUGAACCUAUUUGCUUUAAGCAGCUCUAUCAAGAUUCGGGUUCGUUGAAUGAGUUCUUCAGAAUUAGAUGGCAGAAAUAAGAUUAGGACGUUUCACAUUUUCAGAUGCAGAUUUCACCAAAUGUUCAAUUAUUGUCAAAAUAAAACAAAACAACAACAACAAAAUACAAAGAUCUACAAACUGAAAUUGAAAGGCUGUGGCAGAAAAAGACCCAAACAAUCCCAGUGGUCAUUGGCGCCCUGGGUGCAGUCCCAAAAGACCUUGAAGAGCACCCCAGCACCAUCGGGGCCACAGAAAUCACCACCAGCCAAUGACAAAAAGCAGCUUUACUGGGAACAGCCUAUAUUCUGCCUAUAUAUCUAUAACAACAGCAACAGCAUUGACAAUAAAAUCCAGUCAUCCCAGGUCCUUGGGAAGGACUCGAUGUCUGGAUAAAACAAACCAGUCCAUACCACCUGCCUGACUCUGUAAACAAGGAAUAAUAAAGGAUAUUGGGCAACAUC